AUGGGUCUUUUAGGGCUUCGCAAGUUUAUCGACUCGUGCGGAUGCACGCGGCUGCUUCCGGUGCCACUGAGCGAUGCGGAGGCUGUUGAGGAGGCGAAGCGACGCUUUCGAGUGGAGGGCUACUAUGAGAUCGCUGGCGAGAACGCUGGUGCGGAGUCGGGUGCGCUGUAUGACGACGCCGGCGAGAACAUUGAGGAGGAUGGCAUUGGCCGCAGUGGGGCGCGCCGGCGCCACUUAACAUCUUCCUCCCACGUAAGCGGUCUGGAAAGCGCCGGGUGCGUCACGGGUGAGAGCUGCACACCGAUGGCCGAUCACGUACUGGUUGACAUGAACUGUAUUGUACACUCCUGCUUCCACCACCAAAGCAGCGAGAAUAAGACAAAGAAGCAGCUCAUCCAGGAGGUGCUGGAGCGGCUGCGUGUACUGGUGACAGAGGUGGUGGCGCCGCGCCAGUCGCUCAGCAUCUGCUUCGACGGCCCCGCCCCGAUUGCAAAGCUGCAAACGCAGAGGCUUCGACGGCGCAAGGUUUCCCUGCUGGACACCGGCAGCGUUCAGCAGCUCAACACGCUCUCCAUCACCGCCGGGUCACUCUUCAUGAUCGAGCUCGAGAACGCCAUUGCGGCACAGUUCAAACUGAAUCGCGGCCGUGGCUUUCUUCACCGUGCAUGCCCAGUGUACCUCUACGGCACCACCGUCAUGGGUGAGGGCGAGGCGAAGAUCUCCCGUGCGCUAGCCUUUCUCGCGUACGGCUCAGGCUGCACAGCAGACCCCACCGAGCAGACGCCGCAAGACAAGAAGGCGCCGCGUUCUGGCAGGGGGUUCCGCAACGCUGGUCGGUGGGGCAAUAACGGUGGCGGUCCUAGCCGCUAUCAGCGCAACGGCAGCGCCGGGAGUCGUGGUGAUGUCGCGAGGAAGCCAUGUCUGCGCUGUCGACCCGACGACUCGGUUGUGGUGAUAGGCAACGACAUUGACCUCGUCAUCACAUGCCUCGGCUCCACCGCCUUCCACAACUUCAGCAUUGUCAGCCCUUCCUCUCUGCAACUCACUCGUGUGUCGGACAUUUUGUACCGCUGGCUGAAGGCGACCGCCGCUACCCGCGGCGCCACGCCCUUCUCGCCGUCGCAGCUACCGUCUAUCCGCAUCGACUUCAUCUUUCUGUUCCUGCUGAACGGCGGCGAUCACUACACCGGCGCUGGUGAGGUGGCGAUGGCCUUGUGGCGGCGCUACCGCAGCGUGCGCGCUGCAUACCCGCACAGCACGCUUGUCUCGCCUAACCUCAGCGCCAUCGAUAUCGACUUCCUCGCAGACGUCGUACAGGCGUCCGAGUACACGGGCCAGUCAAGCAUCGAGAUCGGCAUGAGUCUUCUUCAAUCAGCGCUCUGGUCGCUCCACACAGUUGUCACGGGUGUGUGUCCGGACUAUCACUACGUGCCAGAACCCGCAGCGCCGCAGCUAUGCCACCUACGCGCUGCAGCGGCGCACUGCCAGCGCACCAACACAUGCAUUUGCCUCCCCAAUUUCAAGACAGACUCGCAGCCCCUGACACCUCUGGAGACGUACGUGGCACUUAUGCCGACGGAGGCGACGCUGCCGAGGAGCAUCGCCGCGGGGUUGCACAGCAAAGCGUCGCAUCAGUCUAUUCUGAAGACCCUGGAGACGAGCAACGACACGGCUGCGAUCGCGCGUGCUGCGAAAGACGCCGUUACGGUGUCGGCUCCCUGGCUCACAAAGAGCGAGCAAUACCUCCGCCAGUUCACGUCGCCGGUUCAGUUGAAUGUCAAUCCGCCGCGGCGACGGCUGAGCCGUCACGAGCAGCAUCGCAUGAUGGCGAUGCAUGGCCACAUCCAAGUCGAGGACCCCGUGCCGGUGGUGAGGCCGAUCACGAUGCCGGAGAACGUGCCCUACGUAGACGUUCCCUACCCGCCGAACACGACGUACCUCGACUUUUACUGCCCAUAUGACGCGGCGACAGCGCAGCCGCAGGACACCUAUGAAGAAGGUGACCAUGCCACCAGGGCGCGCCGCGCUAGCGGUGGCUCUCUUGCGAAUGGCGGGCGUCUCACGCACCUGCGCGGACGCGCUGUGUCCACCCGUCCCUCUCUCUUCUCAGCAGCUGUCACGACUGAGGGCAGAACACCUGCUCAUUUCAGCGGUGCCAGCACCACAGGAGGUGGUUCAGAUGGGACCGCUGGCACCGCAGGCCAGAUGACAGAGCACAAGCGAGUGUACCUCAACCAGGAGAAGGUUGCCGAGGAGCUGCGGCAGCGCGAGUACAAGUCCGCUGGGGCGAAGCUGCGACGCACCCUCAACAUCACCUCUGGUAUUCUGGAGCGAGGCCAGCACUUCACGACCCCGCAGCAGCGGCGCAUGCAGCGUCGACUGCACCGACUGCAGCAGGCCGAAUCAGCCGAGUUGCGUGCCAUUCUAGCAAGGGAGGACCGAAAAUAUGCGGCUCGCACGGAGACGACCGACCCAAGCGACCUGAAAAGUGAGUUGCUGCACUUCUUAGGUGAUGAUGCGUCUCCAGAGGACGUUGCAGCAUUGAUGAGCAGCACCGCGGAUGAGCACAAUGGCGUUGGAGUGGCUUUACGCGGGGCUAAUGUGGUGGCAGGUAGUGGCACGGCGAGCGCGAAGAAGGUGAGUCUCACGUCCAAGAGAGGUGUUACUGCCGCAAGGGAAGCACCGCAUCUGCGAGAUGCAACGGCGGCCAAGCGGAAAGCAUUCAAGGCAAAUACCCACCAUAACGGCAACUGUACCAACGCGGAGCGCUACGAAGAUGAUGUCACAGCACCUACAGUGACUGUUCAGCGGCGAAGGAGGCGUCCUAGGGCGCCCACCGAUGCAGACAGCCACUCGGAUGUGGAUGAGGCAUUCGUUGGUGUGAAGCGGCGCCGGCGUGAGUGUGUCGAGAGAUGUGAACAGGGCAGCGCCGCCCAAGGCACUUUAUCAGAGACCAAGAAGCGGAAGAGGGUGCAGUAUUGA